AGAUUUGAAAACUUUGAAAAUUUAAGUGACGUGUCGUCGGUUUUGUCGGAAAAGAAAAGAGUAUGUAUUAAAGCCGACCGGAGACAACGGAAGUAGAAGAAGAAGAAGAAGAAGAUGGGUGAACAGACAGAGAAGCCUAUUAGGUUACUCAAUUUCGUCUCGGAGGAACAGUUAGAGGAAUCGAAGAAAGAAAGAGGCGAAAGAGUUGAAGAUGGAACCUUCCAGAGAGACAGGGCUUUGUACGAGAUUUUGAAAGAGAACAAAGACAAGAAGGACGCUGAGUUUAACGAACGGUUCAAGCAUAGACCACCCAAAGCCCUUGAUGAGGAUGAGACUGAGUUUCUCGAUAAACUCGAAAUGUCAAAGAAAGAAUAUGAACGGCAAUUAGCAGAUGACGACGAACAACAGAUUCGUAGUUUCCACGCAGCGGUUGCAGCACGAUCAGCAACCCCUCAAGAACCGGAAGAAGCUGCACUUCCACCACCUGCUCCACCCACUAUAGAACCAAAAACAACCGGGAAGAGAAACUCUGCGACUCGUCCAUUUAACACCAUCAUAAGAGUCAAACCACAACCGAAGAAGGUUAAAGCGACAGAGGAAGAGAAGAAAGCAAUCUCUGGCGCUCCUGAACCUCUACAAACAGGGUUAGCCUUAGUCUCAUAUAGUGAUGAAAGUGAAGGUGAUGAUUAACAUCUUUUUUUAGUUUUUUUUUUUUGCUGACACAAGAAUCUACAAACAUUCAUAAUGAAUCUAUAAAUGGAAACUUUCAUUCCCGCUGUA